AUGUCAUAUACCACUACUGGCGCGAGUACAAUCUUGCUAAGUCCUCGGCCCUUGGCUCGAUACCCAGGGCACUUUCUUCUCCUACCGCUGCUGCCUUAUAGGCCUUCUCUGAAACCGCUACCCUCGGAGAUAUGGUCGAAAAUACUGGCUUACGUUUAUCAGCACUAUGAUUGCGAACUUCCCGGAUCCCUCGUCCAGCGGGACUUGCUGAGGCAGGGCUUGUUACUUGUGUGCAAGGACUUGAAGGAUGUUGCCUUGCCCCUCUUCUAUGAGCACGUCUACAUCAAUUCAUUAGCUCGUUUGGAACGAUUCGCUGAACACCUCCACGUCUCCGACCAGAAGUGGGACUCCAUCCGACGUAUUCCAUACUCUACACCCGGACGAUGGGUUCAGACUCUCGACCUACGCGAGCUGGAUAUCGCUUCCCCUGCCGAGGCGUACCGUCUAGACAACGCCCUCAACUUGCUAUUUCCCCUCCUCCCUUUUCUCAUCCGUUUCAUGGUGAGCCCUAGCAUCGUGCUGAGUCGACGAGCAGUAGGAGGCAUAGCGACUCGGCCUGAGACAGUCCACCUCCGCGUCCUGAAAGGCAUCCGCUUUGAAUCAUCCUCCCACGUCGAGCCGGACCACUUCGUCGAGCUCUUGCGGGCGUGUGUCGGGCUAGAAGAGCUGUCAGUCAUCGGCACCGGCGUAGAUAUGCUCGACUCUAGUGUCUCACAAGAGCCGCUCCCAUUCAAACCGCUACAUCUCCCGCACCUCCGGAAGCUCGUCCUGCUCUCACUGCCCUGCUCGCCGGUCAUGUACGCGCUCCUUCACUCGCCCCUCCCCUCCCUCCGCCAUCUCACCAUCUCUCCCUGCGACGACACCGCCGUCCCCUGCUCGCUUGUCCCGCGCUUCAUCCACGCGCACGGCGCGCAGCUCUCCUCCCUGCACCUCUUCACCGCCAAGACGUGGCCUGCCACGUCCUCACCCUCGCCACCGACGCUGCUCACUAGUUGCCCCGCGCUGCAUCACCUCUCGCUCGAGACUCCGCUGCCCAUUCUGAUGCUCCCCGCGUUCGCUGACGCCGAGCCGCACCCUCUGUGCAUUCUUUCACUCCCGCGCCCGCGUCCUGAGUUCCUCGCCGUACUGGAGGCGCUCCUGCCGCGCCUGCCGGCGCUGAAUACGAUCAGGACGCGCGACGUGCGCUGGCUCAGGCCCGGAAUGUCCGCGCGUGCGCAGCAGGCGGGCGUGCAGGGCGAGAUGGUCGAGUGGCGCCGCCGGUUUGGCAGGAGGGGGAUCCAGAUCGUGGACUCGGAUUGGAAGACAGGCCUUGAGUGAUGCGGAAAUGUACUGUAUAAUCUAGGUUGGUGUUUUGCUGGAUGUUGCGUUCCUAUCUGUUGUAUAAGUAUAAUGCUACCCCACCACUCCGUCAUAAUGUCAAUGUUGUUAUAGCCACA